AUGCCAUUGAAUCAUAUGAAGAUCUUAAACGAAUCAAUCUUAUGCUAUGGAGACUUUCUGUUGAAGCUAUUUCUCUUUGGAAAAGGAUAGAGAAAGCUAUGGAGUGGGGGUUUUGUUGGAAGAUAAGACAAGGAGGAGGAAAAUGAGCUAAUAAUGUAAGGUUUUCAUUAGGACAUGGUGCAAAAGUGAGCUUUUGGCACUACAAUAGUGCAAUUGGGGCGGUUCCUCUCCAUUGGAAACCCAACUCACGAACCUGUUGAUGCUAGCAAGACAAAAGCAUUCAUGAAAAGGUUAACUGGGAUGUGCAAUUUAUAGAGAUUCUUUGGAGUGGGAGAUUGAGAGUUUUGUGGCUUUGGUUGAGCCUUUAUAUGAGGCCACUGUCAACAAUAGUAGGGAGCGUCGCUUGGUUUGGCGCAAAGGGAGGUAACUUCACAGAAAAUCUUUACUGCAACAGCAGACAGCCUCCUUCAAGAGGGUGAAGUAAGUUGGAAAUUUCUGUACGGUUCAAUAUGGAAGUAAAAAUACUAAAAUAAAAUGUGGCAUUCUUUGCCCGGACAACUCCAAAGAAGGGGCAUUACUCUCAUGAACAAAAAGUUGUGACAAUCUCCUUUUACACCGCACUUGGACACGAUAAAUGUGAAGCUUGGUACUUUUUUGGCUCGUUCGAAAGGAGCAAAAAAUAGGAUAGUUUUGAAGGUGAAGAAACCGAACAUGGAUCUUAUUUAAAAUCGUGAAACGCAUCUAGCUAAUGGGAUAAUGGAGAGGCUUUGUAGGUUGAAAGUAAAAAUCAAUCUAAGCACUUUCUCAUCUUGGCAUAUCAGAGUUUUGGCCUAGUGUUUGGUGAAUUGAGCAUUUCUCCUCUUUAUGUUUAUAAAAAUACUCUUUCUGGGAGAUUAAGUCAUUAUCAAUCAGAGGACACAUUGUUUGGGGUUCUCUCCUUGAUCUUUUGGACUUUCACUCUUCUUUCAUUGUUCAAGUAUGUCAUUCUCAUGUUGAGUGCAGAUGAUAAUGGUGAAGGAGGGAUUUUUGCCUUAUACUCUCUCCUUUGCAGGCUUGCAAAAUUUAGUUUACUUCCUAAUUAUCAGGCAGCAGAUGAGGAGAUCUCUACAUAUCAUAAUAUGGUUCGUUCAAAGAGAAACAUGCUCUCUUCUUCAUCUAGGAAAAAUUUUGAGAGACGUAAUGGAACAAAAACCUGCUUGCUUCUCGUAGUUUUGAUUGGUGCUAGUCUGGCUGUUUGCUUGGGAAGUCUUUCACCUGCAAUUUCUGUUCUUUCGUCCAUCGAAGGGUUGCAAGUUCAGGUGAAGAAUCUACAUGAAGGUACUCUGGCUUUUGUUGCCGCUGUUGUAUUGAUUGGACAUUUUGUUUUGCAACACCGUGGCACCUACAGGGUGGCCUUCAUGUUUGCUCCCAUUGUGAUCAUAUGGUUAUUUUCUCUUGCUGCCAUUGGAAUCUAUAAUAUCAUCAAGUGGAAUCCAAGCAUAUAUGUGGCUCUUUCUCCGCACUAUGUUUACAAGUUCUUUAAGGAUACAGGAAAAGAUGGUUGGAUGUCUCUUGGAGGAAUAUUUUUGUGUGUUACCGGAACUGAAACUGUGUUUGCAUACCUUGGUCAGUUCACAGCUGAAUCAAUUAGGGUUGCGUUCUUAUGCAUUGUAUACCCAUGUCUGGUGCUUCAAUACAUGGGGCAGGCUGCAUUUCUCUCAAAGAAUUUUUCUGCUGUACCUGUUAGCUUUUAUGCUUCUAUCCCAUAUCCACUGUUCUGGCCAGUCCUGGCUCUGGCAAUUUUUGCUGCAGUUGUGGCCAGUCAGGCUGCCAUUUCUGCCACAUUUUCCAUUGUCAAACAAUGCUAUGCAUUAGGAUGUUUCUUCCGUGUCAAGAUUGUACAUAAACCAAAAUGGAUACACGGUCAAAUAUACAUACCAGAGAUAAAUUGGUUACUUAUGAUCAUCAGUCUUGUACUGGCUAUUGGUUUCCGGAAUUCAAAUCACAUGGGUAAUGCUUAUGGGAUUUCAUGCAUGGGCGUCACAUUUGUGAUGACAUUGUUGAUGUCAUUAGUAGUCAGCUUAGCAUGGCAUAAGGGUGUUCCACUUGCCCUUUUAUGCCUUCUUUUCUUUGGAUUUAUCGAGGUUGUCUUCAUUUCUUCUUCUUGCACGAAAAUCCCCGAGGGUGGAUGGUUUCCUCUCAUGCUUGCUGCAGUUCUGAUGUUCAUAAUGUAUGUGUGGCAUUACGGCAGCAGGAAAAAGUACCUACAUGAUCAACACAACAAAGUACCAAUGAAAUGGAUCCUCACACUGGGUUCCAGUCUUGAAGUUGUUCGGGUCCCUGGGAUUGGCCUCAUCUACACGGAGUUGGCAAGUGGAGUCCCAGCCACAUUUUCACAUUUCUUAACCAACUUACCAACUUUUUACCAAGUAGUUGUUUUCGCCUGUGUUAAAACUGUUCCUGUUCCUUGUGUCCCUGCCAAAGAACGCUAUCUAAUUGGCCGAAUUGGGCCCAAAUCUUACCGGAUGUAUCGCUGCAUCAUUCGGAAUGGUUACAAUGACGUUCAUAUAAAUGAAGAUGAUUUUGAGAAUGAUCUUGUGGUAAGCAUAGCAGAGUUCAUCCAGCUGGAAGCAGAAGGAUCUGAAGCACAUGAAGGCCAUAUGGAUGGCCGGCUGGCGGUUGUUAAGUCAUCCGAUAAUUUUGGAAAAAUAUUGCUUGCCUCAAACUCCUCGAACAAUGCAGAAAGUAGCUGUUCAAGACCCCCUGGUACUGUAAAUAGUGGCAAGUCAGCUGCCCUACAAAGAUUGAAAUCUAGGUAUGAGCAGGAGUCACCACAAUUCAGCCACAGGCGACGGAUUCAUUUUCACUUGUCAGAUGCAAGGUACAAGGAUUCUCGUGGCCGGGAAGAGCUUAUGGAACUUCUGGAAGCUAAACAUGAAGGUGUAGCAUAUGUAAUGGGUCACUCACACAUAAAAGCAAAAUGGAAUGCAUCUUUCUUGAAGAGGUUUGUGGUCAAUGUGGCUUUCUCUUUCUUGCGUAAGAACUGUCGCAGCCCAUCUGUGGUCUUAAAUAUUCCUCGUACUUGCUUAAUAGAGGUUGGUAUGAACUACUGGUUGUAGUACAACACCCUCUCUGACAUGCAUCCUCAUUCAGCAUAAGUCACAUUGAGCUUCUUUUUAGCGGCUACCUGAUUUUUUAUUUUGAAGUGACCUCGGACAAGGUAUGGACCUAUUCAUUUUCUACGAUUUUAUUGGGCAUAUAUAUAUAUAUAUAUAUAUAU